AUUUAAGUCUCGGUUCACCUGCCUCUUUCGUCUACAAGGAGCUCCCUCCUCUUUCUUCCGUCUCUCAGAUCUCGCUCUUUCGAUUUGCUAUCUCUUCAUUGUGGAAGAGGAGGUGCGCCAAUCUCCGAAGUCCAUCUAAACAAAUAUGGUGAAGAUUUGCUGCAUUGGUGCCGGCUAUGUCGGUGGGCCAACAAUGGCUGUCAUUGCUUUCAAAUGCCCUUCCAUUGAGGUGGUAGUCGUUGACAUUUCCGCUACUCGUAUUGCCGCAUGGAAUAGUGAACAACUCCCAAUCUAUGAGCCUGGACUUGAUGAAAUUGUGAAGCAGUGCAGAGGAAAAAACUUGUUCUUUAGCACUGAUGUAGAGAAGUAUGUUCGUGAGGCCGAUAUCGUCUUUGUUUCAGUGAACACACCCACCAAGACCCGUGGCCUUGGUGCUGGCAAGGCAGCAGACCUCACCUACUGGGAGAGUGCUGCUCGGAUGAUAGCCGACGUCUCACAAUCUGAUAAAAUUGUGGUUGAGAAGUCCACCGUUCCUGUCAAGACUGCCGAGGCCAUUGAGAAGAUUUUAACCCAUAACAGCAAAGGCAUCAACUAUCAGAUCCUCUCCAACCCAGAGUUUCUCGCAGAGGGUACAGCAAUUCAGGACCUAUUCAACCCUGAUCGUGUCCUUAUCGGUGGUCGGGAAACUCCAGAGGGUCAAAAGGCUAUCCAGGCGCUAAAAAAUGUGUAUGCCCAUUGGGUUCCUGAAGAAAGAAUUCUCACUACCAACCUAUGGUCCGCUGAGCUAUCCAAGCUUGCUGCUAAUGCCUUCCUAGCUCAGAGGAUCUCUUCGGUGAAUGCCAUUUCAGCGCUCUGUGAGGCAACAGGGGCAAAUGUGGCUGAGGUGGCCUAUGCUGUCGGCAAGGACAGUAGAAUUGGGCCCAAGUUCUUGAAUGCAAGCGUUGGAUUUGGUGGCUCAUGCUUCCAGAAGGACAUCCUCAACUUGGUUUAUAUCUGUGAAUGCAAUGGCCUCCCUGAGGUAGCCAACUACUGGAAGCAAGUCAUCAAGAUCAACGACUACCAGAAGAGCAGGUUUGUGAACCGUGUCGUAGCUUCCAUGUUCAAUACAGUUUCAGGAAAGAAGAUUGCUAUUCUUGGGUUUGCCUUCAAGAAGGACACUGGCGAUACCAGGGAGACUCCAGCCAUUGACGUUUGCAAGGGCCUUAUAGGCGACAAGGCCAAGAUCAGCAUCUAUGAUCCGCAGGUGACUGAGGACCAGAUACAACGUAAUCUUGCGAUGAACAAAUUUGAUUGGGAUCACCCGAUCCACCUGCAACCAAUGAGCCCAACCGCCGUCAAGGAGGUGUCCGUGACAUGGGAUGCAUAUGAGGCCACCAAGGGGGCUCAUGGAGUCUGCAUCCUGACUGAGUGGGAUGAAUUUAAGAAACUGGACUAUGCAAAAAUCUAUGAUAACAUGCAGAAGCCUGCCUUUAUCUUUGAUGGUCGCAAUGUUGUAGACCCCGAGAAGCUUAGGGAGAUUGGCUUCAUCGUUUACUCAAUUGGAAAACCAUUGGACCCAUGGCUCAAGGAUAUGCCUGCUGUGGCCUGAUUGGGAGAUCCGGAGACAUGGUGGAUUCUUCAGAGAUCAUGAUGUUAGUUUUCAUGGUUCAGAAUUAAGAAUUCUUAAUUGUUUCAAAGGAUAUGGUGAUUACGCUAUUGCCCUGCUUCUGUUGUUGUACUUUUUAAAGCCUUCUGUUGCAUUACAUGGAAGAACAGAUACUUUUUGUUGGCUAAUUAUUUUAUUAUGACAAAACAAGAUUUGAAUUUGCUUUC